UAUGUGUUGGAUGGUUGAAAUUGAGAUGUUCCAGCUUAGGUUGUGGAUGUUUGUAUCAUAUAUGACAAUGUUUAACGUGUAAUUCAUGUAAUUGUUGAUGAUGUGACGUAGGUCAUUUUUGAACAUAUAUUACGACGUUUGAUAAAGUCAAUAAAUAUGAUAACAUAAUAUAUAAACUGUUUUAAUUUUAUAUAAACUAUUUUUGCAAAAGUUCAGUUCGCAAAUUAAAUGUGUCCAACGAAAUUUUAAACUUUUUGUGAGGACAUUUAUUUGAUCACCACCAUCGCAUUUAUAAGUCACGUUAGAUGGCGCUAUGGGCGUAGAGAUGGUGCUGAUGCAACGCUGUUCAACGAAGGAAAAAACACCCGCUAAAUUGUUUCUGGAACCUUCCUUAAUUUUUUCGGUAUUAAAGUUUGUUAUUGCUGUUAGACACAAUUAGCUGACCUGAGCGGUAACAUGUUAGGUGUUUAAAGUGAUCCUCAACCUAUUUUAAGGAUUGACGGUGUUCAAACGCUGUAUGUUUCGUUAGAAAAUAAUGAAAAUGCGCUUUAAUUUUUAAACUGCGUGUAAGUUAGUUGGUAUAGUUGGCGUGUCAUUGAUGUAUUGUCGAUGUUUUAAUUCUCUAUUUUAGGCAACUUGAAUCAGUAAAUGUAUGCCAAUACUUAGUGAAAACUAAAACACUAACCAAUUACUCUCACUUCUUACAGAUCAUGCUGGUUAAGGUGAAACUUGGGGAUGCCCAAAAAUUUGUCAAGAUAACAGAGCUGAGCCUGGAGGAAUUUCUAUCUGCUGCAUUUUUAAAGUUUGGUGUCCCAGCUGUACCAGAGAAUGUGAAGGUUUUUGAUGAGUCAGGGACUGAGGUGGAUGGUGAUGUUUUUGAGGAUAUAGUCAGAGAUCCCUCAGUUGGAGUUCUUACCAUAAAACAUGGUGCAGACUUGGAUUCUGCUUCUCCACAAGCCUCUCAUGAGCAAUCAAAUCGGUCCCGCACUCCAUCCGUGGACUCCAGUGACUCACAGGACACAGUCAUUAUUGAAGAAACUUCUUCAAGUAAACGAAUGAGGCUAGACGAAGAAGCUAAAAAGUUGGUGGAAACCAUUCUUGUCCAGAAAUCUGGUGGGGAGUGUAUAAUAACGGAGUACAACCGAACUAAGUCUUUGGGGGAUGAAACAAGGAGGAAAAUGGUUAAUAUCUUGGCAGCUUACAUGACAGAAAAGAAUGGUACGUCACCAACAAGGCAGGUGAAAGAAAAAUAUGCCAGAGGAAUUGUGGCUUUGUUCCCGUACCUCAGUGACCCCUUUUCCAAAAAUGGCUACGAACAUUACUAUGAUGGCGAAAGCGGUACUGGGUACUUGGCAUGGAGAAUCAAAACUAUACAGAGAGGCUUAGCUAAAGAACGACGUGCAUCAUUUGAAGGAACGUCUACUGAAGGGGGGUCUGGUGGACCAACUGUAAGACGGCAGUCAGAGUUUAAUUCAGAGUAGGGGUGUCCAUGGUUAACCGGUUAACCGAUUAACCGUUAAAAAUUGUGUAACCGAGUGAAACAUUUUGCUCGGUUAAGUGACGUCAAUGGCGUGAAUUGAAUUUAGUUGUA